AUGGUUAUGCAAUGCCGGAUUUUGUGCGCUGCCUUUGCGCUAUGCUCAGCUGGUAACUACCAUGAUGGUGGUUACCAAUCUGGAAAUAUCUUCUCAAGCGGCAUAUUGCAACAACAAAACUUUGGACAAUACCACCAAGGUGGUUUUAGAUUCGUAGGAAACCAUGGACAGUCUGCCCAAACCUACGCAGAUUCAUUGGGAAGUGAUGGUUCCAUUCAAUCUCAUGGAGUUGGUAUUGUUCUAUCUGAGGCAAUUCGUAGACCCAACGGUCUCUACACCCAAAUCGACUUUAAGAACCGUCAAAAUGGAGGACAUGAAAUCGUCCAGGACCAAGUAGUCACUGUCACGAAAGAAGUUCCAGUGCGUAUUCCACAACCUUACCCAAUCACAGUCACAAAACAAGUUAAAGUUGGAGUACCACAACCAUACCCAGUUCACAUUCCAAAGCCGUACCCAGUCCCAGUUCAAGUAAAAGUCCCAGUGCAUGUGCCAAAACCGUACCCAAUCAAAAUCAUCCAUCAAGUACCAGUAAGGAUCCCAGUCUACGUAAAUGUACCACAUCCAGUCAAAGUAGAAGUACCAGUACCAAGACCAUAUCCAGUGGAAGUAGUUAAGCACGUGCAAGUCAAGGUACCGACUCCAGUCUACGUUAAAGUCCCAGUACCAAUCCACACUCACUCCCACGAAAUCCAAACUCAAACCAAUUACCACGCUCCAGUAUCCAGUAAUUUCCAAGUUCCACAAAUCAACGCCAAUUAUCAAGCUGGAUUUGAGGUUCAAUCUUCGGGUUUCGCUGGAUCUUACGCCAAAGCCGAACAUGGAUUGAACAUGCAAAAUUUCCAAACCUCUUAUCAAACUUCCGGCACUUUCAACGGAUACAUUCCUAGUAAACAAGGAGGUAUGUACCAAAACCAGGGCUACAACAGUUACGCAUCUGGAUGGAAAUGGUAA